GCAAAAAUUGGAACUCCUUGUGAAAUCUACAAGACAAUACACCUGAUCAACAACUAGAUACUCCCUCUCUCCCCAUAAAAUAUGUAUCCAAUUUGCCAUUUUGAUCUGUUAUCAUAAAAUGUAUCUAAUUUAUUUUUGGUAAGUUUUUUUAUUUAGAAUAAGGUGGGACUCUUACUCCACUCACAACACAUUCAUCUAUUUUAUUAAAACUCGUGUCAUUUAGAAGUGAAUAGUUUUUAUAUGGACGGAGGGAGUAUAAUAAUGCAAUUUAUUUUAAUUUUACUCUUAGCUCUUCCCAUAACCCUCAUCCUCUACUUCAAAACACAAAACCCUAAACAUGCCAAACAAGAACUCCCUCCACCGGGCCCACCGCGGCUGCCGCUCAUCGGCAAUCUGCACCACUUCGACGGCCGAUCCCCGCACACGUACCUCGGCCGCCUCUCGAAGCAGUACGGCGCAGUCAUGUCCCUCCAGCUCGGACUCCGGCGCCUCGUCGUGAUCUCCUCCGCAGAGGCAGUGAAAGAGAUCAUGACAUCGCACGACGUCGUUUUCUCGAGCAGGCCGGCCCUCGUCGCCCUGAGGAGGCUGUUGUACGACGGCCUCGACUUUGCGUUCUCGCCCUACAUGGAGACGUCGAGGGAGAUGAAGAAGAUCUCCACCGUGCAUCUCUUCAGCGCGAAGCGAGUUCAAACUUUUCUUCCAAUUAUCAGAGAUGAAGUGUCGAAGAUGACGGAGAGGAUAGCUAGAGACGCCUCUCUCUCCGCCGCCACCGAUUUGAGCGAGACGAUGAUGUUGUUUGCUGCUAACACCGUCGCUAGAGUUGCAUUUGGGAAGAGAUAUGGAGAGACGAAGCAGCGUUUCGUCGACCUUCUUCACGAUGCAGAGGCUGUUCUUGGAGGUCUAUUCAUGGAGGAUUUCUUGCUUUGGCUUCGAUGGAUUGAUAAUCUCUCUGGAAUGGCGGCGAAGCUGGAUAAGGUUUUUCAAGACAUGGAUGCUUUCUGCGAAGAAGUGAUUGAAGAGCACAUGAAGCCGAAUAGGCCGAAAUCUAUGGAAGGAGACAUUAUCGAUGUUAUGCUAAAGAUGGAAAGAGAUGGAUCGGCUUCCUUUGAUCUCACACUUGAUCACAUCAAAGCACUACUUGUGGGUAUAAUAGUCGGAGGCAGCGAUGGGACUUCAGCUGCUUUAGUGUGGGCGCUGACGGCGUUGAUGAAGAAGCCUUCAUCGAUGAAGAAAGUGCAAGCGGAGAUAAGGCAAUUGGCCGGAGAGAAAGAGAUGAUCGAUGAAGAAGACAUAAAGAAACUCCCAUAUUUUAGGGCAGUUGUGAAGGAGACUCUGAGAUUGUAUCCAUCAGCUCCACUUUUACUCCCAAGAGAGACUACCAAGAAAUGUAGGAUAAAUGGUUAUGAAAUUGAAGGUGGAAGUAUGGUGUACAUCAAUGCUUGGGCUAUUGCAAGAGACCCCGCCACGUGGGAAAAUGCAGAUGAGUUCUUGCCGGAGAGAUUCUUGGCGGCUGAGAUCGACGCGAGGGGUCAGAAUCCGACAGUGAUUCCGUUUGGAUUUGGCCGGAGAGGGUGUCCCGGGAUUGGGAUCGGUAUGUCUCAGGUCGAACUUGCAUUGGCAAAUGUUUUGUACAAAUUUGAAUGGGAAUUGCCUCAUGGAAUGAAGGAAGAAGACAUUGAUUUCGAUUCUCAGCAAGGAUUGGCAAUGCAUAAGAAGAAUGCUCUUCGCCUUGUUGCCAAGGUUGCGAUAUAAAAUUGAUCACAUCCGUCGUUAACGCCAACGCCAACGCCGCCUUUUUCAACGAUGGAUUUGUUUUCGUCGCUAAUAUCCGUCUUUAAUGAUCGAAAUAAUAUAAUGGUCAAUGUUCUAGUUAAAUAAAGAGGUUGUCUCCUGUGA